CUCCCCCGCAGCCCCGGCUCGGGCCGGCUCGGACCUCCGUCCCCCUGGAUUUGUGGAUGCCCCGAUGAGAGAUCCAGCGUUCCCGGGGACUGCCAUGGCUUACCACCCUUUCCACGCGCCCAGACCGGCCGAUUUCCCCAUGUCCGCCUUCCUAGCCGCCGCCCAGCCCUCCUUCUUCCCGGCCCUGGCGCUGCCUCCCCCCGCCCUGGCUAAGCCCAUGCCGGACCCGAGCUUGGCGGGGGCGGCCGAGGCCGGGCUGCACGUUACGGCCCUGGGGCACCAUCACCAGGCGGCCCAUCUGCGGUCCCUCAAGAGCCUGGAGCCCGAGGAGGAGGUCGAGGACGACCCCAAAGUGACUCUGGAAGCCAAGGAGCUGUGGGACCAGUUCCACAAGCUGGGCACCGAGAUGGUGAUCACCAAGUCCGGCAGGAGGAUGUUCCCCCCGUUCAAAGUGCGGGUGAGCGGCCUGGACAAGAAGGCCAAGUACAUCCUGCUCAUGGACAUCGUGGCGGCCGACGAUUGCCGCUACAAGUUCCACAACUCGCGCUGGAUGGUGGCCGGCAAAGCGGACCCCGAGAUGCCCAAGCGCAUGUACAUCCACCCGGACAGCCCGGCCACGGGCGAGCAGUGGAUGGCCAAGCCCGUGGCCUUCCACAAGCUCAAGCUCACCAACAACAUCUCGGACAAGCACGGCUUUACCAUCCUGAACUCCAUGCACAAGUACCAGCCCCGGUUCCACAUCGUGCGGGCCAACGACAUCCUCAAGCUGCCCUACAGCACCUUCCGGACCUACGUGUUCCCCGAGACCGACUUCAUCGCGGUCACCGCCUACCAGAACGACAAGAUCACGCAGCUGAAAAUCGAUAACAACCCUUUCGCCAAGGGCUUUCGGGACACGGGCAAUGGGCGGCGAGAGAAGAGGAAGCAGCUGACGCUGCCCUCGCUGCGGAUGUACGAGGAGCAGUGCAAGCCCGACCGGGACGGCGGCGACUCGGACGCCUCGUCGUGCGAGCCCGCCCCGGCGCGAGACGCGCUGCACUCGCCCCUGGGCUCGGCCCCCAGCCCGCCACGGCUCGGCCCUGGCGUAUAA